AUGGAUUCUGGCACCGAAGCCUCGGAGUUGGAUCCUUCAGAUAUGGAGGAACGGGACUUGUGGGCCAAGUUGCCAAAGAAGUUCCGAGCACAGGUGGGAAAAUCUGAAGGCCAAUUGCCGCGCGAUGAAAUUCUUGGUUUUCUGGUGGACAGCGAAGCAGAAGCAAUCGAACUCAUGGCUGAUUUUGCUCCAGGGGACGGGCUUGCAGGUCGUGUCUUGGUGGAGCUAUGGAAACGUGUGCUACCUCGAACACAAAGGUUGUGUCAACGUCGAGGACGCGUGGAUCCUGCUUUGCAAUCAUUAGUUGUGGCUUCUGCAGCUCCACUUGUGGCUAGCGCCGAAGCACAGCAUACCUUGUCUUGGUUGAAACGGCAGUCAGGUGCUUGCCGUCAGUGUCGCGGUUGGUCCGCUAGACAGCGCCGCGAGUCAUUACAUAGGCCACCACUACAGUCGCGAGAAGCUUUGGAAGCUGCUGAGCUGAAUCGUUGGCGUGCCAGUCUAGCCGAGUUGGUGAUUGAAGCUGGUUUGCCGGUGUCCCACCAUGCACAGCUGACUUCCAACCCUGAGGCCAUCAUUGCUGCGUCCUUAGGUAGCAUGCGAGCAGCAACUAUUCGAAAACGGGUGCGCGAAUGGCGAAAAGUGAGGAAUUUCUCUUUGCAACUGUGCGGGCAGCCUUGGCCUCCACAUGUAGGUGUUGUGCUAGAUUACCUUCAUGAACGAAUGGAGGAGCCUUGUGCCCGGACCGUGCCUGAGGCAGUGCUUGGAGCAUUAGCAUUCAUGGAAAAGGCGGGCAGUGUGGCAGAAACAGAAAGACUAGCCUCCGCCCCGGUGCUGCGAAAUUUUGUCAAUCAAGCAACACAAGAUUUAGAGGUGGGAGCGCCACCAAAGAAGUCCGCCCCCUUGUUGCCAGUGGUUUUGAUUGAUGCUUUGGAGCUGAUGGUCAUGUGUAAGAGUGAGCCUCUGUAUGCACGUGCUUUGGCUUGGUAUAAGCUGCUGAAACUGUGGACUGCAAGCCGCACCGGAGACCUGUCAUCCCUGCGCCCUUCAUCUCUGCGCCUAACACCUUUAGGGCUUGUGGGCUGCUUGGAGCGUACCAAAACUACAGGACCAGGCAAGCGGGUGCGGCACCUGCCAAUCUUCAUUAGUCGAUCUGCCUACUUGUUUGCUCCCGGAUGGCUGGAAAAGGGUAUGGAAAUUUGGGGAAGCGAUGAAUUUUCUUUUGACAGGGACUAUUUCUUGCCGUUGCCUUCUGCAGAUUGGGCGUCCGUACGCCGCGUCAUGGCAGACUUUGCAGACACUGCCGCCUUGAGCAAACGUUUGUUCCGCGCAUUAAAACUACCGGUGAAACAGCACAGCCAUUGGGUGCCUUCUGUUGUGGAAUUAUUUCGCGCUGAAGCCGCAUUAUCUUUUUGGACCGAGCAUUCGGAACGCAACUGGCUAAACAGCCACUUGGCUGUCAUUGGCGUGCCGCAAUCGGAGCGAGAUUUCAUAGGUCGUUGGCGCGUGACUUCCUCUUCUGACGAAUAUCAACGCCUAGCGCAGCGGGUUGUGAUCAAUGCCCAAGAGCAGCUACUAACCUAUUUUGCUGGUGAUGACAAGUGGGACCUUGGUCACGCAGGCGUGCCCGAACUUGAGCAAUUUUUGCGCCAACGCCGAGUUCCCGAAGUGCUCAUUGCUGAGCAAUGCAAGCAAUUGAGGCUACCGGCGAAGUGGUGCAGCCGGGUUCCCGAGCCCCAGGUGCCGGCUCCUCCAAUGCCGGAGCCCAUUCCUUUGUAUUCCUUGUUGCUAAUGGCAGCUGCUUCUUUGGAGAUCAUCUUGAAGAAGGUGGAGCCUGCUUUGAGGUAUCAUAUGGAUGAAGCAGGUGUCUCUGCAGAAACGCAGAAGAAAGUGUAUGAACAAGGAAUUGUCUCCUUGAGGACGUUUGCAGGCUUGGAAGAAGAUCGCAAGGCUGUCCGCACAGUGUUGCAGUCAGACUUUGGUUUGGAUCCAGCGGGAAAUUUGGCUCUUCGCUCAGACGUUGCAUUGUUGCUGUGCGUAUGGGAAAGCGCACGUACCCAGUUGUCUGUGCAAGAGAAGAAUCGCCAAGAGUCCAAGCUGGGCAUGCAACAGCGCAUUGUGCAGCCGUCGGAUUAUGCAACCAUGCGCAGCGCUGUGGAAGCCAAGCAUGGCAGACUGAAGGAUCGUGAGGCCCCAAGCAAAGGCAUGAUAGCCUCCAAACUUGAGCAAGUGGAAGAUGGGGCACCCAUUGCCGAGGAUCUCCGCGAAGUGACGUCUUUUGCAGAUUCAGAAGUCGAGGCCUACAACGCGAUCAUCGAUCCGUCGAUGGGGUUCUUGCGGAUUCGUCCAGGCAAGACGACCACGACACCGCCAAGCACUCCGGAAGAAUUGCGGCUCCGCCACAGGCGCAUUGGGCUAGCCUGGGAUUUUGUAAAAGCGCGUCACACCACACGCGCUUGGUUGCCUACAUCAUCGGUCGACACGUUCCGCAAAUUGUCCGAUUAUGUUUUGGGUGCAUCAGUCGCUGGUCUGCGCGCGGCUGACCAGCGAAGUCCCACGUGGUCUCUGGUCCUCACUUAUGAGCUGGAAUUGCGAAAGGCCGCUUAUCGGUUUGUUCGGGAUGGUGAUUGUGCUGGCAUCGAUUCUGCAAUCGAAAAGGCCAUGGACAGUCCAAAGUUGUUGACAGAGCAUUUUGUAGUACCUUUCACGCUGGGCAAAUCAUUUUCCCCUGCCAGCGGAAGCCCAGCACAUGAAAAGGGCUUUGGAAAAGGCAAGCAGAUGCCGUCCUGGGACAGGCAAUGGGGCAAAUCCUCUAAGACACCUGAAGGCAAGCCGAUUUGUUUCAAGUUCCAGAAAGGGAGGUGCUCCGACAAGGCUUGUCGAUUUGCACAUGCGUGCCAGCAUUGCUUCGGUCGCCAUCCCUUCACGCAGUGCCGUUUCAAGAAGGAGGCUGGAAACGGGCGGGUGCCUGAGGAGAGUGCGCGCUUGGGGCAUGACAAGCGUAGCCGUGAGCUGGAUGAGGACAAGGUCGAAGAUUGGGCAUGGGAGCGAACAGGUGAGCUUGCAUGGCAAAAAUGUGAGGUGGAGUGUCAGGAAAUUAGUUCAGACGAAGACAUUGACAAGGUUGCGAAGCCAAAGAAGGGUGCGGGCCUAUGGGGUGAUGGACCGCCGCUUGCUUCAAGACUGUUGGGAAAGAGGCAGGAGUUUGCAGAUGGAUUUGGCUUGUGUUCUGCAGGUCGUUGGGAGCCUCACAAACGACAGUGUGCCGCUAGCAUGCCAUGCUUAGGUUUUGCAGAGCAGAUUGGUGUUGAAUUGUUGAAAAUUUUGCGGAGUCAUUUAGACAUGCGUGCUCUGGCGAUGAAGCUUGCAGUGGGUCGUGUGCAAUCUACGCCCUUUUCUGAUGAGCUGAUUAGUGCAGGUCGAGAGCUGCUUUUCACAGCAUUAGAAUUUGCAGGUUCUAAAUUGCCGGUGCGCGAGAGGCAGGGGGGGCAACCCUUUUUCUUAGCGGCCAUUGAAGAGUUCUUGCGAAUUUCGGGCGACCCCGACAGCAGAGCGUUCUACACAUCAAGCAACUCCUUUGCUAAAGGAGUGCGCGUGGGGCCAAAUGCCAAACUGCCUCGCGUUCCUGCCGUAUUUGAGAAGAAGAUUAAGUGGAGACAAUACAAAGAAGAAGAGAGUAGCCUAGACAUGGAGAGAGAUAACUAUUUGUCAGCCCGUGAUCAUGCUCGACUCGUUCAGAAGCAAUUUGAAACUGAAGCUGCUAUGGGUUGCAUGAUUGAGAUGCCUUUGAGUGAAGCAAAGCAAAAAUUUGGGGAUCGGCUGGCCCUAGCGUCCUUAGGAGCGAUAGGGAAGAAGGAUGGAUCGGUCCGUGUGAUACAUGACGGGACACAUGGCGUUGGAGUGAAUCCAGCCAUUGUGGUCCGGGAUCAGCUCCGCACACCAACUGCCGGUGAUCUGCAAACUGUGUUGCAAGUACUACCAGGUGCGUGGUUCGGCUUGACAGGUGAUGUGGCGCGAGCGCAUCGGUUGGUGCGAGUUGCUGAAGAAGACUGGGGAUUACAGGCGUGCAAGACAGACGUGCGCCCAGAUCAUAUUUGGAUUAAUACUGUCGGAACAUUCGGCAUUGGGAGCGCGGCAUACCAUUGGAGUAGGCUCAUGUCUGGGGUGGGUAGAGCUGCGUACUACCUGCUGGGGCAGAGCGAGCUAUUCAUUCUUGUUUACGUUGACGAUUUACUUUGGAUCACGCGCGAUAAAGUCGGAAUUGAGAAGAUUAUCUUGACCAUUUACUUCAUGACCAUUGUUGGCUUGCCGUUUGCAUGGAAGAAGUUUCAAGGAGGUGUGGACCUGGCCUGGGUUGGUUUCGAGUUAUGCUUGAAAGGAAGUAAGCUCGGCUUGUCGUUGGCGCGAUCGCAAUGGUUGGUUAAGUGGCUCAGUGACACAGCAGAUUUGGGUCGAGUGCGUAUUGCGGAUAUGUCUGCAGUAUUGGGCCGUCUUUCUUUUGGCUUGACUGCGCUGGGACACUUGAGGCCGUUUUUGGGGCCAGUGUACGCAUGGACGGCAGCAAUGACGCGAAAGGUUAUCACAGGCAACCUGCCAAAGGCGAUCAUCUUGAUCUUUAAGUUCUUGGCAAAGGCCUUAGCAGACGGUGGGCGCCUGGCAUCUGUGCCACCAGCCCCGGGAGACCAGGUGGAACUGUUUCGGACAGAUGCCCGCGCAGAAGGAAAUGAGAUUUGGAUUGGCGGCUGGGCUAUGGAUAGCACGGAGACAAAAUGCUGUAGAUGGUUUUCUGAAAAAUUGGAUCACGUAUCUGCGCCUUGGCUUUUUACUGCAGGUGAAAGCUACAGACAGAUUGCAUCGCUUGAGCUGCUAGCCUCGUUAGCUGCGGUUGUCGUCUUCGGGGUGCCAGUGCAAAUGCGGGGCAGAAUCCAUUGUUCGGCUGGGACCGACAACAAAGGAAAUAGCCAUGUGGUUGCAAGGUUGCUCACAAACAGAUUCCCCCUUGCUGCGUUUUUGAUGGAGCUGGCUAUGCAGUUGCAAAUGGUUGGCGCGAACCUCGAGUUGUACUGGCUGCCGCGGCUUCAAAACCAGGAAGCUGAUGCGCUCACAAACAACGAUCUGACUAGAUUUGAUGAGCAGCUGCGGCAAAGGUUUGACUUGGCCUCAUUCAAAGGACUGGUCUUGUCAGACAUGCUAGCUUGCGGAACAGAGCUGUAUGAAGAGAUUAAGGUAGCGCGACAGCGAAAAGCAGUACAACAUGCGCAACGUGGACGAAAGUCGGACGCGCUUAAAGUGGCGCAGCCCUGGGGUUGA